UUUGUUGACUGAUGCAGAGGAAUAGGUUUGGUUUCCAUGGCACAAAAGCUGUCUCUCCCUCUCAUCCUCCCAAAACCACAACCAACACCCCUUCUUCAAGACCUCUUUUUUAACCAAAACCCCUCUUCUCCACCCCACCGUCUUUCCCCUCACGCUCACCAAAUUCUCCAAACCCUAAUCCACCCUUCCUUCGAUUCCAAUCGCUUCAACGAUAUUUUCCCUCUCUUAUUCCGCCAACCCCCUUCCUCUUCCCUCUCCCGUGACAUUCUCGCCAUAAUCAAGGGUUUAGGCUUUAACAAAAAGCUCGACCUUGCUUUGUCCGUCUUCGACUUCAUUCGAACCCGAAACGACCGCGUUUCGCUCUUGAACGGUUCCGUAAUCGCUGCCAUUGUCACCAUUCUCGGUAAAACGGGUAGGGUUUCUCGCGCGGCUUCGUUGCUGCACAAUCUAGAAACCGAUGGAGUUGAGAUAGAUGUCUAUGGCUACACCUCUCUCAUCACUGCUUAUGCUAAUAAUAAAAAAUAUAGAGAGGCACUGAAGGUGUUCGUCAAAAUGAAAGAAGUGGGGUGUGAACCCACCUUGAUUACUUACAAUGCUAUUUUGAAUGUUUAUGGGAAGAUGGGCAUGCCCUGGACUAAGAUCAUUGCUCUUGUUCAGGAUAUGAAGUGCCAUGGCCUUGCCCCUGAUUUGUGCACUUAUAACACCCUUAUAAGCUGUUGUAGGGCUGGUUCUUUGUAUGAAGAAGCUCUUGACCUUUUUGAGGAGAUCAAGUUGGCGGGAUUUACGCCGGACGUGGUUACGUAUAAUGUGCUAUUGGAUGUUUAUGGUAAGUCCAGGCGACCUAAGGAAGCCAUGGAGGUUCUGAAACAGAUGGAGAGGAAUAACUUUCGGCCCAGUGUUGUUACUUACAACUCGUUGGUGUCGGCUUAUGUUAGAGGUGGUUUGUUGGAGGAUGCUUUGGAGCUUAAAAUGCAAAUGGUGGAGAAAGGGAUUAAGCCUGAUGUUUACACCUACACCACCCUUUUGUCAGGGUUUGUGAAUGCUGGGAAAGAUGAGUUUGCGGUGGCAGUUUUUGAGGAAAUGAGAGCGGCGGGGUGCAAGCCUAAUAUAUGCACCUUCAAUGCGCUUAUUAAGAUGUAUGGUGACCGAGGAAAGUUUAAGGAAAUGGAGAGAGUUUUCAAGGAGAUCAAGGUGUGCAAGUGUUCCCCUGAUAUUAUUACUUGGAAUACACUUUUGGCAGUGUUUGGACAAAAUGGAAUGGACUCUGAAGUGUCGGGGGUAUUUGAAAAAAUGAAGAGAGUUGGGUUUGUGCCCGAGAGGGACACGUUCAACACUCUGAUAAGCGCAUAUGGCAGGUGUGGAUCAUUUGACCAAGCUAUGGCUGCUUAUAAGAGAAUGCUGGAAGCUGGAGUGAGUCCUGAUCUUUCUACUUACAAUGCUGUUUUGGCGACAUUGGCUCGAGGAGGGCUUUGGGAACAAUCUGAGCAAGUCCUUGCUGAAAUGAAAGAUGGCGGAUGUAAACCUAAUGAGGUAACAUACUCUUCUUUGCUCCAUGCUUAUGCCAAUGGCAGAGAGGUUGAAAGGAUGAAUGCUCUUGCAGAAGAAAUAUACUCUGGCACAAUUAAAACACAUGCAGUUCUCUUGAAAACACUUGUUCUAGUAAAUAGCAAAGUUGAUCUCCUAGUAGAAACUGAACGCGCAUUUUUGGAGUUUAGGAAGAGAGGAAUCUCGCUGGAUAUCACUACUUUGAAUGCAAUGCUUUCGAUUUAUGGGAGGAAGAAGAUGGUAUCCAAGGUCAACCAGAUUUUAAACUUUAUGUAUGAGAGUGGAUCGACUCUGAGUUUGACUACUUAUAAUAGUUUGAUGUAUAUGUACAGCCGCACUGAAAAUUUCCAGAAACCAGAGCAAAUCUUGAGGGAAAUUCAGGACAAAGGUAUUGAGCCAGAUGUAAUCUCAUACAAUAUAGUUAUUUAUGCAUAUUGCAGAAAUGGCAUGAUGGAGGAGGCUAAAAGGAUAUUAAAAGAAAUGAAAGAUCCUGCACCUGUUCCGGAUGUUGUAACUUACAAUACAUUUGUAGCAACUUACGCAUCUGACUCAAUGUUUGUGGAGGCUGUUAAUGUAGUUCGGAACAUGAUCAAGCAAGGGUGUAAGCCAAACCAGAAGACUUACAACUCCAUAGUUGAUUGGUACUGUAAGCUCAAAUUGCGAGACGAGGCAUGUAAUUUUGUCCAAAACCUUGGCAACCUUGAUCCACAUGUUUCCGAGGAGGAAAAGAGCAGGUUACUAGAGCGCAUGGCAAAGAAGAAAUGAGUAUGCUUAGGUUAUUAGUGCCACUAGUUGAUCCAUAAUUUUCUGGAGCCUUUAUUGGAAAGUUUCUUGGGUCUCUCUGGUUAGAUAUUCUUAGGUCCUAUUUUGGAUAAAUUUUUCAAUGAAUACUUGUAUGGGAAGAAAAUUAAAAGCAAAAUAAAUCAAGUUUCUUUUAUAAGUUAAAAUCAACAUAUGCAUUUCAAUUUUUGAAUAAGUUAGACAAAAUAUUUUCUAUAAAAUUAAGAGUGCAUAAAUUGAAUUUAACAUAUAAAAAAAUGAUUCGUUUUAUCAUUUUAUUUUUUCUAUAAAUAUUUAUUGAAAAUUUUAUCUAAAUGAAAGUACCAUGUUUGCUACUUUGCUGGCCGAUGCACUGCUGCUUAAAAUUACACUAGUGGUGGGAAGUUGCAAAGAGAGGGAGGGGCUUCAAUUCUUGAAGGUCAAUAAAUUGUAGUGUACAAUUAUAGCGAUGAAACGAAGAGAAAAUAAAAAUGAAAAAAAUGCACCGUGU